AUGAGUCCUGAAGCCAUACUGAGGACCGGCCGUCUGAUCAAAACCUUUGACCUGACACAUUCACUUGGUGCUCAACAUCUUCUCAUUCUGAAGACUGGAACAAUUUUCCUGACAGCAGUGGUGAAGGGUGACAUGCUGAUCUUCGCUCCACUGUGUUUGCUCCUUUGCUGGAAAAUACCAGUAGAUUCCAUGAGGAUCCAUUUUGACUUCUCUCUACGAGAUGCCAACCAGGACAUCCCGCUGAGCAUGGUUGAAGAUUCAGUGGAUGACAUGUACUUUGGCUGCAAUGAAGCAAUGAUGAAAAUGGUCAGUCAAAAAUACUCAGGAGAAAUGUACAUGGAGCCAUUUUCACGUGUCUGGAGGGAAGCGAAAGUGUGUGCAGAAAAGAAACAAAUACACAAAGGGGAUGAGGCUCUAACCACAGCUCACCUGGAAGCUAUCUGUGUUUAUACAUCUGAUCAACUAUACAAGAUGUUCAAUGAUGCAGUCCGGACCAACAGGAGCGUCUAUGGCUCCUCGUUCGAAUUUCACUCCUUACAUUUCCUGCUGACAUCUGCCAUUCAGAUUUUGAACAACUACUACUGUCACACUGCUUAUAGACGAACCAGUGUUAGAUUUAGUGGUCAAGUAAACCAGCGAGUUAGAUUUGGGUCUUUUACCUCCAGCUCUUACAAUACAGACCUGACAGACUUUGGUAGCGAGACCUGCUUUAAAAUUAAGACCUGUACUGGUGCUUUUUUGAAGGAUUAUUCCACAUUUGGAGAUGCAGAAGCAGAAGUUCUCAUUCCCCCUUAUGAGGUGUUCAAUAUAACUCAGAAAAUUGAAGAUCAGCAAAAGAUUCAAGAUCUGGGUGUUAAGUCAUGUAAGCUCAUGUAUAUCUUGGAGAGCACAGGGUGUGUGAGCAAUCUGAACUGCAAAGCUGUAAGAAGUGAAUGA